AUGAGCAUGCUCUACGUACCAUACGCCACCGAGAUACCAGAGGAGACUAUAGACACCAAGACUGCUGAGCACGCGACAACAGUCACGGCAGUGCUGAGACGAAAUCCCGAGAAAUGGAUACAUCUUUCCUUCACUUGGUCAGGCAACUGUUCGAAUUGGACGUCGCGGAAUCGGACAGGGGUACCAGCUCUGCUGCAGAGCUUGACGGAUGGAAAGCUGCCCCCUGACGAAGAGACUAUUGCUAAUCUCAAGCUUACGAGCGGGAAGAAGUUCUCCCUCGUCGGAACUCCUCAAGGAAAGGAGAUCAAAGAUCCGUCGCAGCUGGAAUUUUUGCCCGAUGUCCUCAAUGACUUAGAUAUCGACUUCUCCGCAAAUCCAGCAGCGGCGUCGGCCUAUAUCAAUGACCAGCGGAAUCAGCGGAAGAUCCGAGAGUGCACAAGAAGCUGGAGAGAGGGCAAGCGACUGCUCGUGUUGGAUCUUGACUACACUAUCUUGGAUACAAAGCCGCUCACGUCGGGUGCACUCCCACCGCACGAAUGCGCAAGGCCCCGAUUACACGAGUUCCUCGAAGCAAUCUAUCCGCACUACGACAUCUGUAUAUGGUCGCAAACGAGUUGGAUCUGGCUCGAAACAAAACUGAGCGAACUAGGUAUGAUCGGUGGAGGCCAUAGCUAUGAAGUAUGCCUCGGGCUCGUGGCUAAUGAUACACUAGUCCUAGACAAGAAGUGCAUGUUCUCUGUGUUUCAAAACAUGACUGGUGCGCCUUACGGUCCCUAUCUGUUUGUCUUUCUGACUUUGCAGGGGAGAAACUUCGCUUUGAAUCCUAGUCAAGGCCUUAAGAUCGCGCCCUUCAAAGACGCACACCUACCACAGGCUAGGGCGGAUCGGGAGCUUGACAGGCUUAAGCGGUACAUGGUACAUAUCGCGACUGCACACCAAGACUUUCGAGAAGUCGAUCACAAGAAUUGGCAGUAUGUCGUUCGUGGGCUGCCACCCGCGUAA